AUGAAACCCGUCAGAGGUAUGCCGCGGCUGGCGGCAUACUUCUAUCACAUACGAGCAAUAGAAGAAAAGAACAAUCAAAAUCUAAUACAGGAAAGUUUAAUGAUGUUUAAUGAUUCUUACGACAUAAUUGAAAAUUACGAACCAAGUACACACAGCUUCACCUCUGAUUAUACUUUGAGUACUGUAGACUACAACCAAAGUAGCAAUGGUAAUACAACAUGGGAAGAAGACAACGAUUGCGCCCCGGUGCCACCUGGCAGUGUGCUUUCAACCACAACUUUUCAAGCUUGCGUCCUUAUCAUGUACUGCACAGUAUUCAUAGUGGCACUAAUUGGAAAUGGAUUAGUGUGUUUUGUUGUGCAAUCAUCACCGAGGAUGAAAACAGUGACAAACUAUUUCAUAAUGAACCUGGCUAUUGGUGAUAUACUGAUGACGAUAUUCUGUGUACCAUUUUCCUUUAUAUCAAUGUUAUUAUUAAGAUACUGGCCGUUUGGUAUUGUUAUGUGUAAGAUUGUAAACUAUUCGCAAGCAGUGUCAGUGUUAGUGAGCGCGUAUACCUUAUUAGCCAUUUCCAUUGACCGGUACAUGGCUAUCAUGAGGCCUUUGAAACCUAGAAUAGGUAAGACUGCGGCUAAAUUCGUUGUGGCUGCCGUUUGGGGAGGGGCUCUGUCAACAGCUGGGCCAAUAGCCAUCGUGUCUCAGAUUAAAAGGCCAACUGAAUGGCAUCAAUAUUGCAAAACGGACAUUUGCCUGGAAGAGUGGGACCAGCCGGAGCAGAAUCACCAAUAUUCCUGUGCGCUUAUGGUACUGCAGUUCGGCCUACCACUAGCUGCACUUGUGUACACUUAUGCGCGUAUAGCCCACGUAGUUUGGGGCGGAAGGCCUCCUGGUGAAGCUCAGACUGCUAGAGACAUGCGCAUACAGCAUUCGAAACGAAAGAUGAUUAAGAUGAUGGUGACGGUGGUUGUGGUAUUUACCGUAUGCUGGCUCCCGCUCAAUAUAUUUAUUAUUCUGUGGACGAUCCACGAAAAUGACGACAACUGGGCUACGUGGCCGGGCAUGUCUUACGUGUGGUUUGUGAGUCAUUGGUUGGCUAUGUCACAUUGCUGCUACAACCCAAUCAUAUACUGCUAUAUGAACACAAAAUAUCGAAGAGGUUUCCAACAGGUACUAGGAAAUAUUCUGUCAAAUCGGUUGGACCACCCAUCGCGGUCUCACCGACGAAGGUCCAGUUUGUGUGAUGGCGUUCCUAUGUCAGAACUGGUCGGCGUCAAUGGGAUGGCUCGGCGAGGCACCAACAGUAGCGGUUGCAGUCGACUACACCGUGCAGCGACGUGUUCAUCGACGACUUCUACGCGACACGGCCAUGCUCUCUGCACCUCGACCGCACGGCACACAAUCGCGACCACUUUGCCUGUACGAGCAAUAUCUGUACGGUCACAAUUCCAUUAA